CAGUGGCGCUGACGGGGAGCCGAUGCCGUGACUGAAGCCAGGCGAAUGGAGCCGCUCGCACGUCUUCACUUCAGUAGAUAGAACAAGGAUGCAUUUCAGACAUGACCACCAAGGCCCCCUGGGAUAACUCAAGCAGAAUGUGCAGCAUGGAGCCAACGGCUGGCUACUCCCCCACAGUUCCAGAGCCAGAGCUGUACCGUAGCAUCCAGUCUGUGCUGCCCAGGGAAACGGACAACCAGCAGCCCAUAGACUGUUCCAACAAAGGCAUGCUGAGAUGGACGCUUCAUAAAAAGGUUCAGAACAAUCCUGCUAACAGCUUAUCUCUGGUGUGGGUGCUGAUAAAGGAGCUGGAAAAGGCUGAGAGAUGGGACUCUCGCAAAUGCAUCAUCCCUCUGCUCCACACUCUUAUGUAUGCCAUCAUUCAGACAGCCCACAUUCCAGAUGAGCUGUACAAGCGGGUUUACAACUUUUGUAAGAGACUCAUGACCUUCCCUCAUCCCUUUUGCACCGUAGGACUCAGCUACACAAGACAGAUAAAAGCUGAAUGCGUCAUUCCAGGUCUGAUGUAUCAGAGGAUGGUCACAGCAGAGCAGAGACUAAAAAAUGAGCACUAUCCCUUUCAGGAGAGAGUUUUUGUUUUGGCUGACCCAGAGGUCUUCUCUGGAUCCCUGGGGGAAGUGCUGUUGGGUGAUAUUGAGGCGUCAGCUUCAGCCUCGGGUGGAUUUCUAAGUCCUCUAGAUCUCAUGCGCACUGUGGUCCAACACUCAAUCCAAGCUGCUUUAGGAUCAGAGCAAUGCCAUGGGCUGAAACUGGCUCAGGCCCUGAAGGACAUGGGUCAAGACGUUGAAACGUACUUUCAGGAAGUGUUGGCGACUCUAGAGCAGAGCGCGGAGGAGGGCGGCAGAGGGAAGGGGGGAGCGCUGCGAAGCCGUCUUCAGCAGCUGUACAGUGAGAUCAUCACUGAUACAGACUCAGAGCCAUUGUCCAGUGGACCACUGUGCGACUGCCCCCUUCCUAACCCAGAGAUGAGCUUCCACCUUUGGACGGAGGAUCUGGAUAUCUGGCGCGAGCUGGCCAAGUGGUUUCGAUCCAGCUCCACGUCGGAGCAGUUCUCACUUAGCCAGGAGCAGGAGGACUUUGAGCUGGGUGAGUCGCCCAGCGACCUGAUGCCAUCUGACAUGACUCGCUUCUCCGUCAUGUCCAACGACAGUGGCAUCGAAAGAGACCUGCCCCCCACCGCUGAUCCCUCCCCAUCGUCUUCUUUGGACAGUGCCAGCAUAAGUACGUCAUGGGAACAAUGCAAAAGUGAGCAAGAGUCAGGAAAGCUGGCACGGCGUGGAGGAAUCAAGAUGAAGCCAUCUGUGAAGGACAGUAUGGUGCUGAUGCAGGAUACCCUGGAGGACCAUGCCAGCCUCGGAGGAACUGGAGGAAGGGGAGGAGGAAGAGGGGCGACUCUUCAGAGGAGGGCAGGAAGCAGCGCAAUGCAGAACGCCUUCACUAAGCAGCGGAGACACUAUACUGCCAGAAUAGUCGCCAUGGGGGAUGACAGGGUACUGGGCCGCCUGGCCAAGGCCUACUAUUUCUUCAGGAAAAGGGAAGCGCGGAGGCUUUUUCUCACGACGAAAGUCAACCUCCAGUUUUACUACAUCCCUGUUUGCGAGGCUCCAACUCCCAUCUCCUCGGUCAAAGAAAACCAUCCCAUCAAUCAAUUCAAGGGGAAUCCCUGCACUCUUGGUUCCUACUUGAGCGUGGUGGACCCGUGGUACAACUGUAACAUCAGGAGUUUAGGCUCCAUGAUCCCCAAACUGGCCAAGAUGCAACAGGUGAACCCAGGGAGGCCGAAAGAGCCCUUCAUCUCUGACGUCAUUUCCUACUACGUCCGUACUGGCCAGCAGCCGGUCUACUUCAGCAUCUACUUUGUUAAGCUCACAUUCAUCAGCAUGACAAAGGACCCUGUGGAAGACGUGUUCCUCACAAAUCUAGAGAUGGAGUUUCCCGAGUUCAAACAGAUCCCAGCGUCAGUUAGAGAUAAACCUAGGAAGAGCUCAGGGGAGGUAUGCGGAGCUGUUGUCUCGAUGAAUUACAGAAAGGUGACAUUAAGCGGCCGAGAUACUGACAAAGGAAUCUCAGUCAGGACGUCAGGCGCUCAGAUCAAUGCUAUUCCCUUCAGUGAAGCAGAAGAUCUGAACUGUUUGACACUGACAUUGAAUGAAUCUCCAACCAAAACCAAACACAGCAUUGUGGAGUCAAAGAUUCGGACCAGCAACAUUAAGAUUCGCACUUUGGAGAGUCGAUCUUUCACUGUCACACUGGACAGAGACGGUCGAAGGACCUACAGAGAUGUGCAGAGCAUCGAGAUUUCCCCGUGUCUUGAUCCCGGAUACUGCGUCCAGAAAACCAUGCGGUCCAAAUUCAUGUUGGCAGAGGACAAAAACGCAGGACUGAGCAAAUACAUGAGCAAAGGACUUCAUCUACCAAUCAACACAUUUGCUGGAAUCGUCAACUGACGUGAUGGAGUAGCGACCCGCAAAAACUUUAGAAUUCAGACCAUCCACGCUGUGUUUUGAUAGCGGGAUUGGUUGUUGCUUCUGUGAUAACAGAAGUCCGGUUUUGACAGAUGAACAGACUAAAGGAAUCACCUUUGAGUCAUACUGAGCUGCUCCUGCGAUCAAACAGUUUUUUUUGUUUUUUUGUUCUGUGAGUCAGGACUGACUGCCAACAAUGAACAAAGACUAUAAUUCAAAAGCAACUUGAGACCAGAUACAAGACAUACUGUACUGGUGUCACUUCUUGCAGUUGAUGGAAAAGCCAGUCAGCUGUGUUUACAGUAACAGGAACGACAUUUUAUCACACUGCGGGGUAUGACUGAACUCCCAACAGUGCUUCGCUCUUCAUGAGUAAACUACUGUGCACACUUUAAGACAGUCAGUCACUGGAGAGACUGGCAGAGAAAAACAAGUAAGCAAAGAUAUGCACCUGUAUACAUGGAAGAUUUCGGGACUACUGAUAAUUGGAUCAAUCCUGUGACAUUAUCAUUAAAACUCUGCAGGCAGUCUGGAAAAUCUGCUUCUCAAAGUCACCGCUUAGUGAAGCAGAUUUAAAGGGUUGGUUGUAACAGUUGCAUUACUUCAUAGAUACACUACCUUUUACUGCCUCCUUGACAAAUACACACACACAUACACACUCUUACAGUAUGCACAAAAGAAUGUAGACAUACAAACCCACUUGGCCUGUCAGCCUUUAAUACAUGCAGAUUGUUUAAAGACUGGUACGAUGACAGCUGACAGUUCCCUUUUGCCUUUGUCUUAACUGGAUCAUUCGAAUAGCUUGUUUUUCCCGUAUCUGUUUAUUACUGUAAGCUGUAAUGAAAGUGUAUAUGACUGACAUUUUCCCUUGGUUUAGUGUUUGGAAAGAUUCUAGAAAUAUGCUAGAACCCCACUAUGUUAAGUGCAGAUACUAGAACCAGGUGCAAUGUCAGAAAUUACUACAGGACAGAAGCAACUUUUUUGUUUUAAAGUAUCAGAUGGACAUGAGGGUAAUGCACAGACCAAGCUACAGUAAGCAGCUGUUAGACUUCAGACUGCUCACUUUGUCUUCAGGGCCACUGACUACUAACCAGAGCUAUUAGACUCUGUGAUUCAUGCUCGAUAUUACACAAGGCAAAGAGCUAAAUUUGAGGACAUUCAAAAGUGAAACUUGCACAAACGCCAGGAAACAAAUGUAUCAGCCUUGCAGUGUGAAAAUCACCCAGACCCCAUCUACUCUUUGUGGUGUGUUGCACAAGUGUGCUAAACUUGAUCUAUUUGCAAUAAAACAGCAGGGUUAUUUAUAGUUUCCUUGUGGAAGAGGAGAACAAGUGCAGCAGCUGUGUGUAAAGCUUGUAAUAUGACUUAUGACUACAUGUGUAAUUAUAUCCUUACUGUACAUGUCAUUAUUAUGGAAACUUUCCAUAACAUGCAGUCAUCACAUGAUUUCCUCUAAAUUGUAGAGGGCUGUUCAAGAUCUGACACAACUAUUGGUUAAGAUAUUGUUCAUGGGAAAGAUAAAGGUCUUGCUUUUUUUUUUUUUUUUAAAUCUAUGUUUCACAAUCACAUCACUCCUAUAUUACACACCCAAAAAUUGCUCGGGAGCCUGGUUGAUAUAUAUCCUCUGAGAUCGGGUAUGAUCUCAGGCAGUAAAGGCCAACAGCCUCAGGACCUGGAAGGGAUGUGUUAUUGGGUGCAACACAUAAAAAUCAUGUGAGCGCGUGUGUCUGUGUGUCUGAUGGCCUGGCAGGGUAAAAUCAUGAGCUGGAAAUUCAUGAUCAAUUUUGCACAUUAUUUUCAUGUGAAGUCAUAUCUAAAGAGGAUGCCAUUAUGAAUCUAAAUGUAAUUGUGUAAAAAUUGUGUACAAAAAAUUUUGUUUUGUAAAAAGGUCUUUUGUAUUUUAAAAUAAAUGUGGCAAAAAUCACCUUGAAUCAGCGACCUCUG